CCGCCGGCCGCGCCGCGCACGCCGCGGUCCAUGGGAGGCUUGGCCGGCAGGGGCGGGGGCCGCGCAGCCGGGGACUUUCAGGAACUGCAGGAGCGGGCGGCGGCGGGAGUCGCCCAGCGCCAGCGGCGGGGCCUGAGCGCGAGAGCAGGGCUGAGGCGGAGCCGCCGCCGCCGCCGCCGCGCCGCGCCGGGGCCCAGCCGUAGCCGCCGCCCUCGCCUGCCCGACUUCGGGCCGACCAGCCGCGGCGCGGGAAACGAGCCGGCCGUCCCGGGCCGGGGGAGCCGCCCGCCAUGGCCACCAAGGCUCGGGUUAUGUAUGAUUUUGCUGCUGAACCUGGAAAUAACGAACUGACAGUCAGUGAAGGAGAGAUCAUCACCAUCACAAACCCGGAUGUUGGCGGCGGAUGGCUGGAAGGAAGGAACAGCAAAGGAGAGCGAGGCCUCGUUCCCACAGACUAUGUCGAGAUCUUAUCCAGUGAUGGGAAGGAUCAGUUUUCUUGUGGAAAUUCAGUGGCCGACCAAGCCUUCCUUGAUUCCCUCUCAGCAAGUACGGCUCAAGCCAGCCUGUCGGCCGCCAACAACAAUAACCAGGUGGAUUUUUUGUCUCAGAUUGGUUGUAUUGAAAGUCUCAGCCAGUCACCACCUUCCUCAUCUUCUCCUUCUCCUUCUUCUUCUUUAAAUAAGGUCAGCGGUGGCAGUGACCCCUGGUCAUCCUGGGGUGCCUCCAAAUCUGGGAACUGGGAGAGCUCAGAUGGCUGGGGGGCCAAGCCAGAGGGGGCGGGUGCCCAGAGAAAUUCUGCCAACAACUGGGACGCUGCCUUUGGCCACCCCCAGGCCUACCAAGGACCAGCAACUGGUGACGAUGAUGACUGGGACGAAGACUGGGAUGACCCCAAGUCCUCUUCCCCUUACUUUAAGGAUUCGGAAUCCUCGGAAGCAGGGGGCGUCCAGCGAGGAAACAGUCGUGCCAGUGCCUCUUCCAUGAAGCUGCCCCUCAACAAAUUUCCUGGAUUUGCAAAACCUGGAAUGGAACAAUAUUUGUUGGCCAAGCAACUAGCAAAGCCCAAAGAAAAAAUUCCCAUCAUUGUUGGAGAUUAUGGCCCGAUGUGGGUUUAUCCUACCUCUACAUUCGACUGUGUGGUAGCGGAUCCCAGGAAAGGCUCCAAAAUGUAUGGUCUGAAGAGCUACAUCGAGUACCAGUUAACACCCACGAACACUAACAGAUCUGUAAACCACAGGUAUAAGCACUUUGACUGGUUGUAUGAACGUCUCCUGGUGAAGUUUGGAUCUGCCAUUCCAAUACCUUCUCUUCCAGAUAAACAAGUCACAGGUCGCUUUGAAGAGGAAUUUAUCAAAAUGCGCAUGGAGAGGCUGCAGGCAUGGAUGACCAGGAUGUGCCGCCAUCCGGUGGUCUCCGAAAGCGAGGUCUUCCAGCAGUUCCUUAACUUCCGGGAUGAGAAGGAGUGGAAGACUGGGAAGAGGAAGGCUGAGAAGGACGAGCUGGUGGGAGUUAUGAUAUUUUCCACCAUGGAGCCAGAGGCACCUGACUUGGACUUACUGGAAAUAGAGCAGAAGUGUGACGCCGUGGGGAAAUUCACCAAGGCCAUGGACGACGGCGUGAAGGAGCUGCUGACCGUGGGGCAGGAGCACUGGAAGCGGUGCACAGGACCAUUACCCAAGGAGUACCAGAAGAUAGGCAAGGCCUUGCAGAGCUUAGCGACCGUGUUCAGCUCCAGCGGUUAUCAAGGUGAAACAGAUCUCAAUGAUGCAAUAACAGAAGCAGGAAAGACGUAUGAAGAAAUCGCCAACCUUGUGGCAGAGCAGCCGAAGAAGGAUCUCCACUUCCUGAUGGAAUGCAAUCACGAGUACAAGGGCUUCCUGGGCUGCUUCCCCGACAUCAUUGGCGCUCACAAGGGCGCCAUAGAGAAAGUGAAAGAAAGUGACAAACUAGUCGCAACGAGCAAAAUCACCCCACAGGACAAGCAGAUGAUGGUGAAGCGAGUGGGCACCAUGUCUUACGCACUGCAAGCUGAGAUGAACCACUUCCACAGUAACCGGAUCUACGACUACAACAGCGUCAUCCGCCUCUACCUGGAGCAGCAGGUGCAGUUCUACGAGACGAUCGCCGAGAAGCUGAGGCAGGCCCUCAGCCGCUUCCCGGUCAUGUAGCGCGGCCGGCGCAGGAGGAGGCGGCGCGGCCGGAAGCAGGUUCCUCCGUCCCGAGGAGAGAGCAGCGGAACAGCGAGGCCUGCGGAGCGCGUCUUCCAUGUCGCCGCCCGACGCGCCGUCUCCAGAGAUGGCCCGUUCUCUCCAUUUCCAUUAUUUAAGCCAAUGGAAAUUGUCUAUUUUUGAAAAACACUUAAGUUUAUCAGAAAUUUGAAUGGAAAAUUAGGGGUUUCCUCCCACUCCUAUUUUACUUAGAAUCGUAAUUUAUAAGUCACCCACAAUCUUUCAGUUCUCACCCAAUGUCAGAUAAUUAAUUACUAAUUGCUUUCUUAAAAUAUGAAUAUGCCAGAAUAAAAAAUAUAUAUAUUUGUAUUUUUUAUAACUUUUUUCAGUCCUUGGGAAGUCUGCGUUUGUGACUUAAGUGCUUACACUGCAGAAGCCGGGAAGCCGGGGCGAGGCCGGGCUGCUGGCGCCCCCUGUGGUCUGUGGCAGGCGGCCCGGCUGUGUCCCCUCCCGGGCUGUGGCCCUGCGGCCUCUGGGGCCUUGGUUGCAGCUCCUGUGCACCCUCCCUGCUCUUCCUCCCUAGUUGUGCUCAAGGCGCGCUUCCUGCUGGAAAGAAAAGUCAGAUUUUCACAAGCCUCUGCGGCUUUGCCCCACACACGGGCAGCCUCGCUGGCCCCCUGCUGGGGGUGCCGUAGGAAGGGGCGGGCCGGCCCCUCCAGAGCGUUGCCCCGCCCUGUUAGGACAAGGAGGGAGGUCGGACAGGGGAGGGAGGAGCACGGGCCAGGGGGUGCUGUGUGGACAGGGAAGCUGUGGUCUGGCCCCGGGGCGGGGCGUGCGGAGCAUGAGCCGUGGUGCAGGGUCGCUCUGCCUGCCGUCCCUAUGGACGCUUUCUGGGCCCCACUACCCGAGUCGAGGGCACGAAGCAACACAGGGCGCCCGAGGUCUGGACGCCAGCCACGCCGUCCGCCACGCGGGCAGCCAGGCCGCCUUCCACAGCUGCCUUACUGCCUUAUCUCCCCUGCUCUGCUUCCUGACCUAAUAAUUAUGGGGUGGAAAGUGGGAAGCCUGGGCCGGCAUGAAUAAAUGAAGCCGGAAGAGAAGCCAGUGUGAACUCUGCUGUUCUUCAGUAUCACGGGGUUUUGUUAAUGUUUUAUAAGUAAUUCCCCUCCUGAUUCCUCUUUUAUAAAAUCCCAUAGAACAGUGUUUAUGAUACAGCCAUUAAAUCCAUGUACAAAUGUAAAGACUGUAUAAAUGUUUUACACGAAUAGAAGAGCAUGUAGAGGCCAACAUAUAAAUGAAUUGUUAAAAAUUGUACAGUAAAUUCUCAAAGCACUUUUUCAAAAACA